AUAUAUAUUGGCAGGGCGAGCUUCUGUUUCAUCUUCCAUGACCUGGUAUCUAGCGUAGAUUAAGAUCAGCAACCGGCACAGAUGUGGAGGAUGUGCGAUCGAAACGGUGGAAGACGGCUCAGGCAAUGGCUGAUUGAACAAAUUGAUAGUGGGAUGUAUUCUGGCCUGAUCUGGGAGAAUGAUGAGAAAACCAUGUUCCGUAUCCCAUGGAAACACGCAGGGAAGCAGGAUUACAACCAGGAGGUGGAUGCAUCCAUAUUCAAGGCUUGGGCAGUCUUCAAAGGGAAAUUCAAGGAAGGUGAUAAAGCUGAACCAGCCACAUGGAAGACAAGGUUACGCUGUGCCUUGAAUAAGAGCCCCGACUUUGAGGAAGUGACGGACAGGUCACAACUGGACAUCUCAGAGCCAUAUAAGGUCUACCGCAUUGUUCCAGAGGAAGAACAGAAAUGCAAAAUGGGGAUGGGGAAUGGGUGCAGCUUGAGUGAAGUAACGGAAAUGGAGUGCAGUGCUUCUGCAAUAGAUGACUUGAUGAAAGAGCCCCCCUCUGCAGUGGAUGAAUACCUUGGCACAAUUAAACGAAGCCCUUCACCGCUUCAGGAGACUGGAAGAAAUCCACCAAUACCUGAGUGGUGGACUCAGCAGUCAAGUCCUGCUUUGCCGCUGAUGAGUGGGCUCACUGGCUAUGAAGCAGUUCAUUCAGGCUAUUCCCAGAUGGUGAUCAACUUCUACUAUGGCGGGAAGCUGGUGGGAAACACGACAACCUCUCGCCCCGAAGGUUGCCGGAUCUCCCUUGGAGAGCUGCCUUAUGCCUUGGAAAGCUUUGAUCACGUGCGGUUCCCAUCAGCGGACAUGAUCCCAAACGAACGGCAGAGACAGAUCACCAAGAAGCUCUUUGGGCACCUGGAGAGGGGUGUCCUUCUGCAGUCCAACAGGCAGGGCAUUUUCAUCAAGAGGCUGAGCCAGGGCCGGGUCUUCUGGAGCGGGAACACCAUGAUCUACAAGGACCGCCCUAACAAGCUUGACCGAGAUGAGGUGGUCAAGAUAUUUGACACCAAUCACUUUCUCAGAGAAUUUCACCAGUAUUACAACAAUCAAGGCCGCUUCCCAAACAGCAAAGUUAUUCUAUGUUUCGGGGAGGAGUUUCCAGAUGCUACCCCUUUACGCUAUAAGCUGAUCCUAGUUGAGAUUGAGCAGCUGCAUAUUCGUCAGUUGGUGGAGGAAGCUGGGAAGAGCGACAGCAACUCUUUGAUCCACCCAAUAGGCGAGGAGCUGCAUUAUGACCAGAUAUAUAGGAAUUUCCAGGAUUCUUGUGGACCACACCAAAGACCCAUUUUCCGAGAAAACCAGCAAAUCACUGUUUGAGAGAAUCCUGGGCAAAACAUUUGUUUUUUAAGGAUUCAAUUUAGAUCUAUUUUUGUAUCACCAUCAUCCAUUUAAUUUUUCCUUUUGGGAACAUUGUUCUGGGUUUAUACAUGUAGAUGUGUGUGUGUGUGUGUGUGUGAGAGAGAGAGAGAGGGGGGGGGAGAGUUUGUGACAUCUUGUUUCCCCAUAUGGAAUUUGACAUAAAAAAGGAAACAAUUAAACAUUCCUUUGGGCUUCUCAGCACUGUAACAUACAUCCAAAGUAGCUUUAAAACCAGUACUGGGAUAUUGCUGGAUGGCUUGGUUUUUGAAAGGAAAAAAGUGAGGUUGUGAUUCAGCAGCUUUGAUCCCAAAAAGACACAUACCAUGUUGAUUCAUUGGCCUCAGAACAGAGAGGGACAUCUGUAGGGCUGUUAUGCUGACUGGGUAAUGUGUUUCCUGAAGAGGAGGGGUGAUGCAAGCUCCAACCACUGUAUCUCCCCCCCCCCUUUUGGUAUAAAUGUCUGCAUUUAGGGGAAUAUGGAAGUGUCCCCAAGAAACAUAUCUCCUUGUGUUGUUUAGUACUGGGCAUCUAGAUGGAGCUGCUGUGUGUGUGUUCAGUGUACCUGGAAUGUAAACAAUAUAGAUAAGUAGAUGAUAGAAAUAGAUAUAGAUAGAUAGUUAUAGAUAGAUGA